GGGAGUGGGGGGAUGAAGUGGAGGUCUGUGUACUACAAUGGGACUGCCAUUGUGCUGAGGGAGGGUCCACAUCCUCUUCUAACUCAUGGUGCUGAGAGAACAGGCUGGGCGGGGGGGCUCUGUGAGUUGAUGGGCAAGUCUGGGCCUUUGACCCCUGACUCCUUAUUUGUCUCCCCAUGCAGAGCUUGAGCCAUGAAGCCACCUGUUCGGACUCCCUCAGCCCCCAGCCGCUAUGACGUGGGCCCCUCUGCAGGCCUCGCUCCAGCCCGGGUCCCCUGGACUGCAGGGGAGAAGAGGCGCCUGAUCAGGGCUCUGAAAGCCCAGGCCCCUCCCGGGGACCUGCAGGCAGAGCUAUUGCGGGAGCAUUUGCCCCGUAGGACUGCAGCUGAGAUUCUGGCCUUCGUCCACCAGCUGAAGGGCCGUGUAGCAAGGGAGGCCAUACGGACAGAGUAUCGGCGCUGCCGGGAGGAGCAGAGGCGCAAGAGAGCUGAGAUCCUGGCACCUAUUGAGGUCUGGACAGAUCUUGCUGAGAAGCUGACAGAUAAGCUGGAAGAAACCAUGACAGCAGCUUUUUCUCAGAAGCUGACCAGAGCUGCAGAGAAAAAGGCUCAUUCAGACUCCUCGAGCCAGCGGGAUGCCUUGCCGGCCCCUGCCAAUGCAAUGAGGAAUGGAGCUGCCAGUCCAGAGCCCCCAGCAGCCAGUCAGUCCCCUAACACUGGUGCUCAGGGGGAACCAGAGACAUUCAGUGUGGACUUUGAUAAGAUCUAUAAAUACUUCUCUCUGCUCUCCAAGGACAUGAAGGUGCCUGAGCUCUCGCCGUACGAGUCUGCCGUUGUCCUGGACCUGCUGAUGUCACUCCCUGAAGAGCUGAGCAACUUGGACUAUGCUGGAGUGAAGAGCCACAUGCAGAGAUCCUACAAGGAACUGACUGCCCAGCAGCCAGAGGGGAGCAGGAAAGGGUCUGACCCAGGAGCCGGUGCGGGAGAACAGGUUGCUGAGACACCUUCUGCCAGUGUCAGCUGUGAGACGCCUCCUCCUGCUAGUCUGUCUGUGAGCUGCAUGGCCCCAGCAGAACUGGCAAAGCCAAGUGACCACCAGGAAAGGACCAGCAUGUCAGGGGAAUCUGAGCAGGGAACACAGGAAACCUCCCUGCCUAGUGUGCACCCAUCCCCAGACCAGUCAUCAGCUUCUCAUGGUCAGCUGCCCCUGCCCCUCCCUGGUCCUACAGCAGCUGCUCAGAAGCAAGUUUGGAAGGAUCUGGGAGUCUGCCCUUUGAACUUGUUCCUUCUUCCCUUGGAGCUGCUGUCUCGAAAGGGGGACAGUGUGGACUGAACAGGCUGGUGCUGAGUCUUGAUUUCUCAAGGUGGAGAUUCAGGCUCAUUCUUUACACCAGUCCCUGCUCUGGUGCUGCGGUGGGGUCCCUGGAAUUGACACAGUCUGCAAGUGUCUUUCGCCUGCACAAUGGGAAAGCCCCGGUGCCUGGAGUUACGUGUCAUUCUUCUAGUGGCUGGCAUUCUUGCUGUAGUGCAACACUCUUCCCUCUCGGCACUGGGCGUAGAGCUGGACUCCUUUCUCUGAUGAGCAUGUGACAGCGCUGGGUUCACAGCCCUCUGAUCAUGUUGACUAAGUCCUGGUUUGCUAGUGAAGUGAAAAUGCAAGUUAGCCUUUCUCUGAAAGGAGGGAUGGCUGAGCUGUGCUGUUCCCCAGGGACUGAACCAAGCUGUGUGUAUUUCAGGUUCCUAUGCACAGUGCUAUAGUGUCUGUGGAAUAAAACUGUAUCGUCUUGGUGUGUGGGCUGUAAAGUGUCAUCCCUCACCUCUGGGCCAUGCCUGAGGAACCUGGUCUGUAAAUGUAUUUAAGAUGUGGAAUAAAGAGCUGGAAAACAUUCUUUUCAAGGUAAAUAUCUUCC